AACACAGAACGUAGUCAGCCUGCUGACAUAUAACAUUUCUAAGUUUACGGCAAACGAUUUGCUCCGAAAACAGUAGAAAAUAUACGUUACACCUUGGGAAAGUGUUCAAGUAAUGAUCACGAAAAGACAGUGCCUAUCUCACUAUGUAUAACUCUGGUUUCUGCCACUGUUUUGGUCUGGUUUUAGCUCUGCAAAGUAUGCUAGUUGGCUAACAUAAUAAGCUAGAUUGUUAGCGAGCUAGCUGUGGAUGCUGUUCGGGAUAACGGGAUAGUUUAUCCUCUCUUCCAUCAUCGUGCAAGCGUUUUCGAUAAAGCAUUACAGUUACAGUGUCGUAUUCUUUGGAAGAGAACUAUGUCAGUGGAAAAUACAAUGGGAGCAACCAGGCGAAGGCAAUCGGACCCUGUGAGAUCAUGACGAGGAGCCCCAGCCGUCCGACGACGUCAACAGCAGGUGUAACAGGAUGCCGCCUAGGAAGAGAGCCCUGGCUCCCGUCGGAGGCAGGCGGAGGCCCAAGGCGGAGGACGACUAUUUCCCCUUCAACCUGCUGCCCGUAGAGUGCCAGCUGCACGUGCUCUCCUUCCUGAGCGAGGUGGACAAGUGCAGCUCGGCGCUGGUCUGCUCCAGCUGGAGCUGCCUGGUGCGCUCGGGGAAACUGUGGAGGGUGGCAGACUUCUCCCGCCGAGGGGUCUUUCACAUGGGCCAGGAGGGGCUGCUGGUGUCCAACCGCGAGUUUGAGCGCUGGAAGGCGUGGGUGCACCACUACACCCACCACCUCAUAUCGCGCGGCGCCAGCCUCCUCACGCUGAAAGCCAGCUUCGACCUGGGUGACCAGUGCAACAAGUGGGGCGAGCUGCUGUCCCACCUCCUGGAGAACGUGCACUGCAGGGACCUGUGCCACCUGGACCUCAACUGGACGUUUACGCUGCUGGAGCCGCUGGACCUGCGGGUCAACUCCACCUCCAGCUCGCACCAGGACAGCAUCACCAAGAUGGACCAGGUGACCAACUUCCAGAUCCUGCUGGCCAGGCUCACGCACAGCUGCCCCAGGAUCACCAAGAUGCGGCUGCACUUUGACUGGUCCGAGACCUCUGUGUCCCUCAUCACCCAGUUCCAGCACCUGCGCGUCCUGGAGCUCAAGUACUUCUGGGUAUUCAAAGGUGUCAGCCCCGGCACCUUGCAGACCCUGACCAAGUCGCUGCCGAACCUGAAGUCGCUGACGCUGCACGUGCUGGUUCCUCUCAGGAACCUGGGCAUCUCGUACACGCUGGAGUCGCUCUCGCUCGAGUUCCUGGACGUGUCCCCCAGCCGCGGCCUGGUCUUCUCUCGCCUCAACCUGCCGGCGCUCCGGGAGCUGCGCGCCAAGAAGAUUGUGCGCGGCAUCACGCUGGACCGCCGCACCAGGCUGCGCAUCCAGAGCCGCUGGCCGUGCCUUUACCAGGUGCUGCGCGAGGGCACGCCCAAGCUGCAGGCGCUCAACAACGAGAGGCUGCUGCCCGGCUGGAGGGAGCAGACAUACGGGGAGCUCACCUCCAUCCUGCAGCAGUCCUGCUACUGCCUGCAGCACCUGGACAGCUGGCUGUGGUGAGCAGGUAGACAGAGACAGUGCUCCGAACUGGAACAGGGGGGCAGGGGCUGAUGGGUUUUAUGGUGUGUGUGUUGUGACAUAGGGUGGGCUAUAUCAUGAAUGAAGCGGAGCUCUUGGUUGCGUUUAAUAUUCCUUUAAUUCACAGUUGAAGAAAAUGUGUGUGUGAUUGAUUGGUUGAUUGAUUGAUUGAUUGAUUGAUUGAUUGAUUGGAUUGAUUGUUGACCCCCAGCCUGUUUCUGCAUGUAGCAGAACACCCAACAUGGCAGGUAUGCUGCUGGCAGUGGCUUACUGGAUCCCCAUAGCAUUCCUGGCCUCUCAUGAGGCUUAAGAAUAGAGAUGCAUGCCAGGAGAGGUAGGAACUGAUGUGUGUAAAUUCUGUCACAGAAAUUACUGUUGUGCAAUGUAACCUGCUUUUUUUUUUUUUUUUUUUUUUUUUACCUCAAAUUGUUUUUGACUGAAUCAAACCUUAAGUUACCUUAGGAAGUAAUGGAAAAAAAAUUACUUUAAGGGGUCCAAGCUAUGGUGCUGUGUUUCAAUCAUUGUAUUUGCAUAUAGGUCCAUGAGAAUCACGUUUGAAUAUGAGGACAUUCCUAUAGCUAGACUGUAAUUAAACAUAUUCAAAUGCUUCUACUUUCAUUAAAAACACCCGGAUCAUUGUGGUACCUUCCUUAACCAUUAGAGGUCUCCUUAGGUGCUCUCUGGACCAAAAACGCCAUGCCUGUAAUUCUUCCUCGUGCUGACUUUUCAUCAGUAACACUUCCUUUAAUGGACUGAUUUUUCAUGAAAAAUGAAACUUGACAUAGUGAAGGUUGUAACAAUGUAAUGGCAGUGACAAUAAACUGAUGUCAUUCAA